AGUAUAAUCUGUAACUGUUUCACUAAUUGCCAUUUUUCAAAAUCCAAACACAAUAAAGCAUACGAGUACUGUUUUAUUGUCACGUUUGAAUAUGAAACAUACAGUAUAGUGACAGUGAUAACACUAUUAUAUAUUUAUCAUUUUUUAUAUACUGCUAAAGAUCAGAAACAAAAGCAGCCAAAAAGCAAAAGACUAUACACAAGCCAUGUUAUGCUAUGAAAAUGAAAAGAAAAAGCUUGUGAAUAAUUGGUUGCUAUGUUUGAGGGUGUUUGAGGGUGUUUAAUUCAAAAUAUUCCUGAACAAUCUGCAAUCACAGACCCGUACACAUUAUUUGAUAGUAUAAUCAUUCAUAACUGUAGCCUACAGUUUAUGUUGCUGUUACUGAGACAUUAAACAAACACAUGCAGACACACCUCAGACACAAGAAGAAGGAGCUUCAUUUUCUCGGUUUUUUCUUCUCACUCUUUCUAACUGAUUGGAAGGAAAACAUGGUUUCUGAAAACUCUCUCCCUUCUUCUAAGCACUCUUCUACUUCUACUACUCCUAAGUUUUGCAACUCUUACACUACUAGGAUUUUUGCUGAUGUUGCUGGUGACAUUACAAUUGUUGUUGAUGGGGAGUCAUUUCUGCUGCAUAAGUUUCCUUUGGUUACUCUAAGUGGGAAGAUCCGGAAGAUGGUUGCUGAAGCCAACAAGGGUUCCAAUGUUUCAAAUUUGGAGCUCCUGAACUUUCCAGGAGAGCACCAGACAUUUGAACUUGCUAUGAAGUUCUGUUACGGGAUGAAUUUCGAGAUUACGACAUUUAACGUUGCUCGGCUGCGUUGUGCAGCUGAGUAUCUCGAAAUGACAGAAGAAUACCGGGAGCAAAACCUUGUCUCAAGAACAGACAUUUAUCUGAAUGAGUUUGUGUUUCAAAGUCUUCAGAAGUCAGUGGAAGUUCUAUCUACAUGUGAGAUGUUACCGCUGAAUAUAGUAGAGGAGAUAGAAAUUACAAAAGGGUGUGUUGAAGCUAUUGCAAUGAAUGCUUGUAAAGAGCAAUUGGUUUCUGGUUUAUCUAAAUUAGAUUGUGAUGGUGAGUCUAAGGAACUAAAGGAGGACUUUGUGGCAUGGUGGAUUGAAGAUCUCUCUGUACUGCGUAUCGAUUUCUACCAGAGAGUUGUAUGUGCCAUGAGAAGAAUGGGAGUUAGAUCACACAGCAUUAUAGCUUCACUGAUGCAUUAUGCUCAAUCAUCAUUGAAGGGUAUUGGGAAAUGUCAACACUGGAAUCCAUCAAGAACAAACUCAAGUCCAACCACCAUAGAAAAGGACCAGAGGACGAUCGUCGAAACUAUUGUUAGUCUCAUGCCAACAGACAAAAGCUCUUCCAUGAUUCCCUUGUCUUUCUUGUUUGGCAUGUUAAAGAUGUCCAUCAUGUUAGGUGCCCCCAUUCCCUGUAGGCUUGAGCUUGAAAGAAGGAUAUCAUUAAGGUUGGAGAUGGUUUCGCUUGAUGAUCUUCUUAUACCGUCUCUGCAGAGUGGAGACUCCUUGUUUGAUGUAGAUACAGUUCACAGGCUACUGGUGAAUUUCUUGCAGCGGAUUGAAGAGGAAGAAACGGAGGACUACGGAUAUGAAUCCGACGGGGUUGGGUCUAAUGGUCACGGUUCUCUGCUAAAAGUCGGUCAGCUUAUUGAUGCUUUUUUAGCAGAAAUUUCUCCUGAUCCUUGCUUAAGUCUACAGAAGUUCAUUGCUUUGAUUGAGAUACUUCCUGAUUAUGCUCGUGUCAUCGACGAUGGUCUCUAUAGAGCCGUGGACAUUUAUUUGAAGGCCCAUACAUCAUUAACAGAACAAGAAUGCAAGAAACUUUGCAAGUUUAUAGACUGUCAGAAGCUGUCUCAAGAAGCAUGCAACCAUGCUGCUCAGAAUGAUAGACUUCCACUGCAGAUGGUGGUACAAGUCUUGUAUUUUGAACAGCUACGCUUGAAAAAUGCAUUGUCGGGGAGUUCAGGAGAAGGGCUACUAUCACAGAGAAUAAGUAGUGGUGUUCCAAGUGCAGCCAUGUCCCCAAGGGACAACUAUGCAUCUCUGCGGCGAGAGAAUCGAGAACUGAAGCUGGAGAUUUCAAGAUUGAGGGUUAGGCUGAGUGAGUUGGAGAAGGAGCAAAUGUUCAUGAAACAAGGCAUGAUUGAUAAGGCAGGAAAUGGAAGAACUUUCUUUACCUCACUUUCUAAAGGGAUAGGAAGAAUUGCAAAUUUUAGCGGUCAAGGUGGAGGAAAGCACCAAAAAUCGAGUAGGAAGUCUCGGGAGGGAAAAAAUGGUGAUCACAACAUGUAAAUGAGUUGGUCCAGUGUAAGUUUCACAUAGCUGAUAAGCUGUCUUACACAGUGACACUGCUUGUUGCAGUGGCUACCAAAAGGAAGCUACACUAAACACCACAUUCCAAGAUGUAGAGAAUGGCCUGGUUGCGGAGGCAUAACACCUCCAUUCCUUUCUCUUGGCAUCCUCACAAAGAUACAAUGUAAUUGCCAAACUUUCUUCUUAGAUUGCACUUGAGAGGGAAAAAUGUAACAUGCAACAAAAUACUCAGAAAUGGUUCAUGUUUUAAGUUUUCAUAACUUCUCAUUCGGUAUAUAAAUCAUAGUUUGAGUUGCAGAAGCCAAAUGAUAUUUCAUAGGCACGUUACUUGCAUGCAUCUUGCUUCAUAAGUCUGCAACUGUGAUUUUGUUGGUUAUGAUGGAGCAUGUUUUAUCUCAGGAAAAUAACAUGUGUGGACAUGUUAAGUGAAACAUAUUAGCACUUGCAUAGUAGAAGAAUUCUUGAGGUGUGUGCUCUUUUCUAUUGUCAAUGCAAGAAAAUAGAUCUUUAUUACAACUUCAGUAUUUAAAAUUAUUCUUGAAAUGCUUCAAGUUUUUCAAUGUUUCUGAUAUUUCUCUCAUGAUAAAUAAAUACUCUUCCAUCCACUUCCUAUAACGAAUAUGAUACCCUUUCACUCAUCCAAACAUGAGUGAACUAACACAUUCACUAGUAAAUACGUACAUGAGUGGAGUAACACCAAUCACUCCUUAGCUUGAAAAUUGGAACUUCAAAUGGUAGUUACUGCCUUGGCAUCUUACGCUUGUUCCCAUCAUUCAAAUUCCAAAAGUUUUUAAAAAUCAAUAUCGGUCAUAACCUCAAGAUUGUGGAGCUGCAAUGGGUCUCAUGGACCAUAAACAAUCCUCUACUUCUUUUAAGAUUACGGGAGCUAACAA